GGGACAUAAUAGUAUCGUCUGCUUCUGGUCUUUGUUUUUAUUUAUAUUUAUUGUUUAUUUCAUAUUUCUGUUUCACUAGGGUAAUAACUUUACCACUUUUCCAACAGACUAUUUUUGCAUCGUAAAAGAGACUCAAAGUACUCUGUACAACUUCAACAGUUCCAUUUUGCAAAUAAAUGAUCAUUGUUACUAUCCAAAAUGAAUUCCAUUUGCACACAACCGGAAUCUUCAAAAGAUAAUAUUUCAUUCAUUAAAGAAAUUCAGAUGAUGAUGUUUGGGUUGGGAGACAGUCCUACGCCUCUGUUGACCACUGCCUCUGUGAUUGAGGAGAUAGUGCUUCGACAACUGGUUUGCAUCAUCACGCAAGCUGUGGAAGUGGCUGACAGUAGAGGGGUGGAAGGCAUAUACCCCCAGGAUAUUCUAUUUAUUUUGCGCAAAGAUGUUCACAAGCUGCAAAGAAUGAUUUCUUAUAUAGGUUUCAAGGAGAUGAAAAAAAAUUUGACCAGUUCAUUAGGCGAAGAUGAUAUGACGAGGUUGGAGGAUUUAGUUCCAUUAACACCAGAUCCCAGCAAAUCCAAACGUAAGGAAAUAUGCUUGCAGUUUCUACUGUCUAUAGGGAUCAACCUAGAAGAAGUGACUACUGUUGAUUCUGUCAAGAUGGAGCGAUUACGCAUGGCAGAUUACCGUACUCAGAUGAUGUCUCAGAAGUAAGUAAAUUUAGAUUUA